GAUAUAUGCUAGUAGAACACGCCAAUAGGAGCUCGUGCUUGGCUCUGCCCACCUCCUUGCUUGUUCUGCCUAUUAUGACUAAUUUGUUUCAAGUGGAAACGACAGGCUGUGGUUUAUCUUGGUUUACGUAUAAAAUAUUGUUUUUUACUGGCUCGACACUUCCGGAUUGGAGUCUGGACCGCGGUGGGCGCAGUUCCCCAGAGUUGUCAGUUUGCUGGUAAGCUGUUGAGGUUGUUAUACACUGUCAAUACCACCUCGUCAUUAAAAGAUGGAAGGAGAUGAGUGUGGGAGGUUUCCUCCAGAACCAUCGGAGGGUAAAUCACAGAGAGGAAGUGUGGCCUCCUCAGUCACCCGCGCUCAAGAUGUGCUUGUGUACCUGGUGGGUGACAGUGCUGUACACCUAUGUGUGGAAGGGGUUGGCUGUGUGAGUGUCCAAGAGCUAGGCCACAGUGUCAGGGAGGCUCUCCACAUUCCUGAUUCGGCAAUGGAUGUCUUUGCCUUCUGGCUCUGCUCUCCUCUGCUCGAACUGCAGUUAAAGCCGAAGCAUCAGCCUUAUAAACUGUGCCGCCAGUGGCAGGACCUUCUGUAUCGCUUCACUGAGGCCUCGGAGGAGGACAUAUCUCAAGAUGAGCCGAGCUUGCAGUACAGAAGGAAUGUGUUUUAUCCCAAGUCUAAAGAGCUGCAGAUUGAAGAUGAGGGGGUGUUGAGACUCCUUUAUGAUGAGGCACGGGUUAACAUCCUCGCGGGCCGCUUCCCCUGUGACCCUGAGACUUGGAUGGGUUUGGGCGCACUGUCCUUUGCUCUGGAGCUGGGAAUUGGUCUGGAUGACCAGAAAGCCACUGCUGCUUUAAGGGAGAAGAAGCUGAUAUCCUUCCUGCCUGUACAUGUUUCAGGGGGAGGUGGGGGGCUGUUCUCUACCCUGAGGGGGAAAGGGGGCCGUCAGGCAGGGCUGGAGCAUAACCUGUUGGAGGAAUAUCGCAAGAUCAGCACCUCAGGCAGCACCCCCCUGGAGCCCACUCAGCAUCUACGCCAGUACCUCUGCACAUGCCACUCUCUGCCUUACUACGGGUGUGCUUUUUUCUCGGGGGAGAUCGACAAGCCAGCCCAGGGUAUUCUUUAUAGAGCAGGACGGAAAGCUGUCAAAGUGGGGAUCAGUCUGGAGGGGGUGUAUGUAAUGGACGUCAAAGAGAAGCACGUGCUCCUGGGCCUGCGAUUCAGUGAGCUGUCAUGGGACCACAGCUACCCUGAAGGGGAGGGUGACUCACACAUCCUGUGGCUCGAAUUUGAUGGGGAGGAGGCUGGCACCCCUGUCAACAAGUUACUGAAGAUCUACUCAAAACAAGCAGAGCUUAUGAGCGGCCUUAUCGAGUUCUGCGUGGAGCUACGUUCUGCAGCCGAAGGCGGGACGACCACGGAAACGGACGGCGCUGUCGGUCCAUCCCAUCAGCCUGCUGGACAGGCAGGGGGCAGUGGUGAAGGGAACGGUCGCCGUGGCAAACUGCGUAGGCAGAACAGUGUGGUGUGCAGUCGGGUCCAUACACUGAACACCAUCAGCUAUGUGGACAACGGUAAAGAAAUCAAACGGCUGAAACCAAAGCGGGCUGCUUCCUUCUUCACCAGGCAGGCACAGCCACCAACAUAUUCCGCAGUACAGGUGCAAGAGAGUUUGGAGCGACGGUGAUCCUCCAUCUCCAGCAUAGGCACUGCUCUAUGCUAACUGGAGACCAAAACUGAACAUGCAUGUUAAGAUUGCGAGAGGAAAAAGAUAUGUAAAGAGUUAUCAUUUAUCUUGUUUGUGAAAACACAAUGGACCAAGAGUGGGAUUUAAGUGUGAAUAAAUAUUUAUGCAUAAUUGUGUGUGUAUAUGAAGUUAGAUGAGAAUAUUGGCAUUCUUUAGGUGCUGCAAAGUGAUGUUGUGUCGUUGCUUCACAGGUCAAGUUGAACUGGCUACCUAUAAGUAGUUUUAAUAUGAAACUGGAGUGAUGGUAACAUUCACAGUUGUACCACUUUGUAUCUUUACCCUUGUGAUAAGGGACCUUUUUACUGUUCUCCCUCAGAUGGAAUUGAUCUACUAUGACUACGUACAGUAUCACCCAUUGAAAUGUAUGCAACUCUCUUGGGAAACCAAACAGCACAGGGCAUUGUAUUGUCUAAAAGGAGGGCAAUAUUGAAGGCUCUGCAACUAUAUUGCUCAACCCUCAGUCUGUACCAAAACAAACAUGUAUCCUGCAGUAGUCUGAUGCUAUGUGCUAAACAUACAGUCCAUGAGAGACUGAAUCUGUCCUCCUCCCAGAAAUCACAAGGUCAACCAUAUUCCAGACUGCACCCUUUUCCAAGUGGGUUUAGAUUUCACUUUUUGUUAUUGUUAUAUUGUACAACAUGCAAGGGCAGUUUGACUUAGGAGCUAUCCAUUCAAAAAGAGGAUGUUUUCUGCUGGCAUCUACUCAGUGUCAGUUUGAGAGGAGUGAUUCUACUGUAUCGCUGAUGCAAUUUAGUGUUAACACAAACGGAAGAAUGUGGUUUACACUGUUAACUGAUAUUGUCAAUUAUGCAAACCUACAAAAUAAGAACAAUGAAUUUAACCAUUUUGUUGAUUAAGUUAAGCUCUUUUAAAACUGUUUUUUUGUGUGUGUGUGCACAUGACUGACUCUUAGAUUGUACUGUUGCUAUCUGAAAUACUGUAGUGUUUUUACAUUUGAUAAUUAUUGAUAUUAUUGGAGUAAUACCUUUUGACUCUCAUACACCAAUCUGUCUUUCUCACACAAAUUAGGCAUUGGGUCAUUUGAAGCCUUAUUCAUUCACAAUGUAGUCUCUGUAUAAAGACCAAGUGCCUUUUGUUUCAGUAUUAAUUUGGCAUUGAGAGACUAACCUGGUAUUUGUGUCGCCUUGUUUGUCUGUUUAAACAUGAUCAUCAGAAUGUUACUAUAUUCCUUUUUAUCUGCUAAUUUUGCUAUAAAUUUACAUGACCUCGUGUGUACACAUUGAGACAGUCAACUAUAUCAAACCCUUUAACUUCACUGUUUUCUUUGUAAUUUCUAUAAUGUGCACUACCAAACUAAACAAGUGGCUGUAGGUUUAGUCAAACCCAUAAUACAUUUUUAUUCAGCUUUAUACUGUUUUGACAAAACGGUGAAUCUGAGAUUUUUAUAUUUUUGAAACUUUUUUUGGUUCAUUUUUACAAUAAAAACGUUUGUCCAUA